AUGGCAGGAAGGUUUAGCACGUUACAAAACUUCAAUUCAGUACCAUUUCCUGUUAUACCGGGAAAUCGAAUCGAUUUUUCUCGGGCUGAAAUAUUGAAAAAAAGGAUAAAUUCAGUACUUGGUGCAGCUGUGAAUUUUCCUGGAUCUCAACCCGUCAGUUUCACACUACAACACUUAAUUGAACUUGAAAAAGAAGAUUAUUAUGUAUGUGAAAAAUCUGAUGGAGCACGUGUCCUUUUAUAUAUAAGAAUGGAUAAAAAUGGUGAUCAAGAUAAUCAUUAUUUUCAUCUACCAGGUGUAAAGUUCCCCAUUCCAAAUACGAAUGUUGAUCCUAAUACCCACAAUUGGGAUAGUUUAGUUGAUGGUGAACUAGUUUAUGAUGUUGAGCCUGAUGGAUCUUAUACACUGAUACUUCUUGCCUUUGACAUGUUAAUUGAUAAGGGAUUAAAUAUAACGGAAAAACUUCUUGAUAAAAGAUUAGGUCGUUUAUUCCUUCUUAUAAAAGAUUAUAAUAAAUUAAUACUAAGAAAUAAUCCACAGUUUGCAAAUAAUCAACCAUUCAAGUUCGCUUUUAAAGAGAUGGAGAAAUCCUAUGGUUUAGAGAAAGUUAUUAAAGAAACGACUUUAAAAUUAAAACAUAAGAGUGAUGGACUAAUUUUCACAUCUGCAGAGUCAAUUGAACAUGAUCAAAAUAAAGAAAUGCCCAGAUUUUGUCUAUUUCAACGAGGAAAUAAUGGAUAUGAAUAUUUUAAUGAUAUGAGUGUAACUUAUGAACAAUGGAAAAUGUGGAUUGAUAGUAAUGAGAAACUUAAUGAAAGAUUAGUUGAAGUGGUUUGUAAUCCCUCUUCAUCAUCAUGGCAAUUUUUAAGAUUUCGUGAUGAUAAACUACAACCAAAUUUUUCUACUGUUGUUGAUAAAAUACUACAAAGUAUCAAAGAUGGUGUUGAUAAAGAAACACUGAUUCUACAAUCAAAUAAAAUACGUGAUUCUUGGAAGAGAAGAGAACAAGAAAGAAAACAACGAGUAAAUUACAACACAUAG